AUGGAGAAAAAUGUACAUACUAAAAGAGCAAAGGAGAGAUUUAUCAUACAAGUGACAUCUGAAUCCGGCUCAAUCGGCUGCUCCGCAUUGGCAAGCCAUAGCUUGGCAUGCUCCACACACUUCUGCAACGCGUUCUUAUGGGAUAGGCUUGAAUUAACGGGCCGUGAAACCAAAAAGCUCCCGAGCGAGGCAAUCAAGUCCAAAUCAGUCUCUUUCAGGAGAUCCCCGGCAGCAUCGUCGUCCGUGAUGCAAUCAUACGUCAGGCAGCAGUUCCUCUCGUGCGUCCUCGUGAGCAGAUUGUCCCGUGCUAAAAACAGUGUCUUCACAUCAAAGACGGUGCCGAAGUACAGCAGGUUGAGCAGAUCGGAAACCGCCGAGUCGGAAGUGGGGGUCCCCGAUUUCUCAUCCGCCUCCGCGGUGGACGCGGCCUCGCUCGGGAUUUCGGCGGCGGCGGCGACGGAGUCCAACGAGCUCGAUUUCCUGGCCGACGGCUUGAAGGAGCGGCUGCUUGAGCUUCUCGAGCUCGUCGAUGCCGGCGAGGACGGAGGAUUUGGAGCGCAGGGUUUCCUCCUGCUCUUUGUUGAGGAAUCCUCCAUCUGCGCGAUGCGGUUAAGCUUCUUGCGCAGUGCCCGGAGGCGCUUGUUGACUAGGUUGAGGACUGGCCCGUCGGUGGCGGUCUCGGAGGAAAGCGAUAGUGCUGGUGCUGGUGUCACCGCCGCCAUUUUCGAUUCUUGA